ACUUUUAUUUUUUUUAAAUAUCAUGGUGCUGAAUUUGAAUUGGUUGUGUGUUUACAGUUACGUACAAAAUGAAGGUAUUAACAUAUAUUGAAAUAUUAUGUUUGUAUUUUUAUGUCUGUAGUGGAUUCCAAACAAAUACAUAUUUUAAUGUGACUGAUAAAUUAGCCGAGUUAUUUGAAUUGGGCAAGAAAGAUUAUGAAAACAUACAGAAGAAUGGGGAGACUAGUGCUUGUUGGGCAGAAAGUAUAAAUUACAUGAUUGACGGUUGUAAAAACCUAACAGAACAUGUCCAAAUGGAUAUUGCGCUCAGAUACAGUGAUUGUUUUGUAACUUCGUGUGGUUUACAAAGCCAUGGCUGUGCCUUAUUACGUGACGUGGAGAAGAAACAAUGCAUUAAAAGUAUGUCCUCGAAAGGUUAUCACGCUUACACAGGUUUUUUUAUCAGCGUACAAAACAUCUGCUUCUUUUUGGAAAGUGAAAGGUGGCACAAAAGAACGCAAAUAAAUAUUAAUAAUUUGCUAGUGAGCUCUGCUUUGCUGACACAGAAUUUAAAAGCAUCUAGUAAAGCUAAAAGUUUAUUACUUCACAGCCAGAAGGAGACUAUUAAUCUUCAGAACAAAUUUAGACAGAAAAUGUCAGUAGUGAAUAAGAUAUUCGCAAAGUACGAACUUGCUUGGAAUAAUACUGUUGAAAAAUAUGUCUCUGUUGCUGAUAAACAUGGAAAAUUGGUACUGACCAUUUAUGAUGUAUUUUCUGGACUAAAUGGAUGGGCUUUAGAUAGAUAUUAUUGGCUAGGAACAGUAAUGUUUUAUAUUGUAAGUGUUGCAAGUAUGUAUGCUUUUACAGUUCAGCCUAAAGUUUGCCAUGCUAGAUUACGUAUAGUUUUUAUUUUGUCUGUUAAUGUGUUUCUAGAAAAUAUCUUAUAUUUAUUCUUUUUUGAAAACAAACUUAUUAAAGAAGCAGAUGAAUUGAGUGGGUGGAUAUGGAUGACAAGGAAAGUUGCACUUAUUUUGUGUGUGUUACUGAUCUUUACCUCUGGCUACAAUCACUCCGAGAAUAAUAUUUUUGGUCUUAAAUGGAUAAAAAACAUAAACCAUCGGUUAAAUGCUUUAAAAGUUAUUUUCCAGAAGCACAAGCAAAAAGAUAUUCCUGCUGCAGAAGGUGUAUGCAACAUUCCAAGUAUUUCCAAGUCUCAAAGACUGCCCAGCAAUACUCUGGCAACCAGAACGAGCGUGGAACGAACUCCCACACCAAGGAGUUACGACGUGAAGACAGAGUUCGCUGUUCCUCCAGACAGUAGCGUGUCGUCUCUCGGGCAUCAUGUGCGUUGCAGCCCCAGCAGGGAACUCACCCCGCCAACUCCAAGGAGCUACAAAGUGAAGACAGAGUUCUCUGUCACUCCGGGCGGUGGCCUGACAUCCCUCAGGAGAUACAACCUGCGCACCCGGAACACUCCUCCCGUCGAAUCCGCUGUUGCAACUGCGCACUGACUGACAGCACUGCAAGUCGUUACACACGCAUCAUGUUCAUCUCACCAAACUCACUACAAGUAACAGAAAUUGUCUCAUUUCAAUUCUAAAACAAGCACACACUAGUGCAUUCCUUACCACAGACACAUUGGUGCACAUUAUAUAGGUAAAAGAUUUCUGGAAUCAGCUUGACAUACUACAUAAAUAAUAUAACCAGUCAUAUUUAUUACAUUUUUAAUGUUACUUAGACAAUAUUUGCAAGCAAGACAAUCUUUUGGACCAGUAAAACAAUAUUUAUGUAUUAUUUACAAUGCAUUGCAGGUAUGACUAUAUAAACUUAUCUUCAGAAUUCAGUUUUUGAAUGAUGAUUAUUCAGCUGUUACUUCACUUAUUUGAGAAAUCUUGAAAAUAGUAUGUUACAGCCCCUGCCUACCUGGGCACAUAUGGUUUGCAGAGCUUGAGAUAAAACCACACAUCAUUUACAAACCACCCAAAAUAUCAGAUUAGUGUCUGAUUAUGGAAAGAAUUUAAGCAUAUGCUGGGGGCAAAUGAGUAGUUCUGUUUCUGUAUUUAGUUUUAAAUAUAUUUAUAGGAGUGUGAAAAUGACUGAAACUUGUGUUUUUAGAUAAAUUUUUAGGCAUAGAACACUCAGUACAGAUUCUUAAAGUACUAGAGGGACAUACAUUACAUUUUUAUCUUCAUAUAUCUGACAUGUAAUGUUACAUGGUUACUAUUAACAUAUCAUAAUUGCUGUGUGCACAUGAUAAUAAAUACUGCACAUCAGUCCACAGCCUUGCGCUUAGAGGUGAUAACCGUGCUAGUAGUACCAGCGAGCGUCACACUUAUCAUCCAACCUCACCAACACAAAUACACUCCUGACUAGGUGGGCCCCUUGUAACAGUCUUGACCUCAUAAGCUAGCUAUGGUCUAGAUGUACAUACAUUAGAACACUAUAAGAAAAGAAUUUGCUGGGUUGAAAAAUUUUCAAGCUCCAUAAAAAUGUUGCUUUCAAUGAUUUAUGAUGGAUGUCAAGUGAAUCAAGAACAAUUAAUGAUUUUUACUUUUUUUUAUUAUCCUUGACUGAAAAUGGUUGCAAUGGCAGCCAUCUUCCAACCGGUCAUCUUCCAAUCACAACACUGUUCCAAAUAAACCAAGAAAAACAAUUUUAAAAAAGUUUGCCUCUUUUAAAAUAAUUUACUUUUACAUAGUUCCGAGAUGUCCGAUGAACUAAGGUUAGUUACAUCCCAAGGUUAUACACAAACUUAUGGUACAAGCCAAGUACUAAAAGGAAAUUUCAAAGUCUUGUGGCAGGCUUACACUGAUGACUAUGAACAACAAAUUUUAAUUUACAUUGUUCAAAAAAUGUUUAUAAUUCAGCAUUCCAUGAAUGCAUCGUCCUGAAGAGAUAAUGUUUCCUUGGCCAUACUGUGUUUCAGACGCGACUGCAGGACACUUGUCGAUAAAGAAUUACUGCAUUGAAUAAUUUCACCAUUUACUUGACAUCAAACAAAUUAUUCUGUACAGAGCUAUGAGUCAUUAUGAACAGUAUUAAUUUUGUGUUAUUUUGGAGACUGUGACAAAUUUUGUGUAAAGUAAAAUAAGUCUAAUAAAGUAGUUUUCUGAAGCUCUCCACACCAUAUAUGUGCCCAGGUAGGCGGGUGCCCUUAACAAGAUCGUUGAUUUGUUUUAUUUUUGACAUAAUUGAAUUAUAACUAAUGAGGAGUCAAAUACAGCAGUAACUAAACCAUUCUUGGUAAGCCUCGACAAUGCUAAUACUUAAUACAGUAUGCUUUUGAAUUUUUUUUUUGUAAAUAUGUAAGGAUUCACAAAAUUGAGCUUACUUCUGGAACUACUACUCAUUCUAGUGUUAUUCAUAGUUCCAGACCAAUUUGUGCCAAAAAUGAUAGGCUGUAUUGACUAUUGCAAGACAAGCCACAAUAUUUUGUAGUGAAAUGUGUAGUAAUUUUUUACAAUAUUUUUAGAUUUCCAUGUCAUUAAUUUACAUCUUACCUGUGAAUAAUCUCAUUCUAACAAGAUCUGUAUUUUAGUUCACUAAGUUUUAAAGAAGGGGUAUUUCAUGCUAAAUCACCUGGUUUGGAAAUACGAUUGUGCUUCAUAAUCUGAUUUCAUUUAUAAUUAAUUGUUUCAUACAUAACAUAAUAACAAAUCAUGUUUUGGUUUGAUUAAGAACAAACUACUUAUUGUAGGUGAUGGUCCACAGAACAUAUUUUUUAUUUAAAAAAAAAAUUAACAAAAUGUACUUGUAACAACCCAGAUUACAGCCUUCCUCAUGCAAUCCAUUAAAAUAAUAUGUUACAAAUUUUUUGUCAUAUUUUGGGUUCAAUGUAAAGUUUUUGCUUUUUAAAGUUAUUGUAAACGUAAUUCUCUGGGUUUAUUGUUUUUAUUUCCAAAUUUCAUAAAUUUAUUUUUCUAGUUUUUUUUUUUGCUAGCUUCUAUGUGUGGGAAGGCGUGCUGACGUGAUUUUCCUUAGUUUUUUCCACGAUCGAGGCUUUGUUUCUCACGCUAGGCGUGUGAUUCACGGUCACAGGAGUGCGAGAAAGAUACAAAAUCGCUGCAUCGUGGGAACAGAAGUAAGCAUUUCGUGGAAGCCUCUGUUACCAUGCGCCGUGAUUGGCUGAAAAUUACGUCAGCGAGCCCAGGACACUGCCUGCACGAAGGAAAGGAAGGCUGUAAGAUCAGUCAUUGUAUGAGCACCGUGCCGAGAGGUCGUGGUCGGGCGAUGGCUCGCAUCAUUUAGCAAUGUAAUAUUGAACUACAACUUAGCGGCUACGGUUUGGGCGACGCCUAACAACCUUUUUUUUUUAUCUUCUGACAUUUAAAUAAAUUAGAAAUUUUUGACCCUAGUCGUAGGCGAAGCCCACAGCGAGGCAACAAAGGGUUUUGUCCAGCCGUCGCUGCCCGGAACUUAUUCUGGCAAUAUAAUGUAAUUUGUAAUAAGUCUACUUGUUUUAUUCCCUUUAUGGAGGUUGCGGUUAAAUUUUUGUUGUGUGCUCUGUUGUGCUAAAUAUUUUGUGAUUUUUAAAUGAAUAAUUAAAACCAGAUAAUACAUCGAACUUUGCGUAUAAAUUACUUCUUUCUUCGUGAUCUGCAACCUGUAUGUUCCACUCAUCACCAAAUUUGAGCUAGCCAGAGGUGGUGGGUGGUAACAUACUGAACCAAACACCUUGAACUCAAACAGUGGUUUUCCUCAUAAAAAUCACAGAAUGCAUUUCAAACAAUAAUUCAUGGAGAAAAUCUUGACUAGGCUGAUUGCAAAUGUUUAUGUUUUUUUUUAAAAUCUAAUAAUUAAUAUCCUAUCACAAACUGAAAGCUAUCCUGCUAAGUUUACUCAGUUAUCAAAUAUAUUGAUGGUUAAAGAAGUUGAGAAAAAUUGCUGCUUUUAUGUGUUUAAAACCAGAAAUAUAUUUUCAUAUUUUGUUUAAUAACUGAUCAAUACCUGACUGUUUUAUGUACCUUAAUGUUGCCCAUUACAUUUCAUUUUUAUUUUUCACUGUGUGUUCUACAACAUGGCAUAGCAUACUUUAGCCACUGUUUUUAUUAUUAUUUUCAUAUUUUGGUCUAAGUACCUAUUACAUUAAAAUUAUAGUACAGAAUUGUGUGUGAGUUUUCCACAUUGUAGCUGGUUGGUAUUUUGUCAUAACACCCUUUAAAAAAACUGAAGAACACUUUACAAUCCAGCAUUGCCAUUUCAACGUUAAAAGAUCAAUUACAAAGUACAGAAAGCAUACUUUUUAUUUCUUUUCUGUAUGUAUGUCAGUCUAUAUAAUUUUUGAUGUGCAAAUAUCUUAGCUCUCAGUAUAGAAAAUUUGGUAGGAGUAAUUUCGUGAAUGGAACGGCAAAAUGUGUAAACAGGAUGCUGCUAUUUGUGGAAGUCUCAGAAUUAUAGUAAAAAUCUGCAGACCUGUGUGAUCCAUCCAUUAAUAUUGAUUUCAUCAGCAUCACAGAAUUUACACUGCACAUAGGUAUAAAAAUUAAACUUUAUAAUAGUACAUGGAAGUCUUUAUGGACUCAUCUGUCGUUUAAGCAAUAACAAAUAUACAUAUACCUACUUUGUUUUAGGUUUAUUUUGUUUUAAUGUCUAUUGGACUACAACUUAGAAGAUAGUGCUGCGUUGUUAAUGAUCUAGAAAACCAACCAAAAGUAAAAUAUCUUUGACGCCAUGUUUGUUCCAACACAAUUUCCCUGGAAAAUAAAUUAUAGGUAUUUUUAAAGUUCAAAUAUAUCGUGUUAUGACUAUUCAGGUUUACAUAAUGUAUUCCAGGAUAGUUUGUCAGUACCAUAAAUCUUACUUUGGCAUACCAAUAAGCUUAGUAGAUCCCUCAAGUUUGCGAAAGUUAAUACAUACGGGUGCAUGUUGCCACAUUUGGGUCUGCCAUCUUGACAACUUCGGCUCAUGGCUAUAGCAGUUUUUGCAUGCCUAUUUCAUUUCAUUUCUGGUGUAUACUCAAAUUUCAAUCUCAACAUGCUUAAAGAAGUAUGUAUGUAUAAAGUUUCAAAUGCAGGCAUUGAUACUUCUGGUCUAGAGGGAAAUGUCUCAUGUGAAGUGUUCGGUACUACUUGUUGAUCAACUAGCCCUGAGAAAUCAAUAGUACCAUCUUGUUAAACAGAAUUAUAGUUAGGUGGUUUUAAAAAAGGGAAAAUUUAUUUGAAUACUUUUCGUAUAUCAUAACGCUUCACAUUAUUUUAAAAUUUCUACGUUAAAAUAUGACCAAGUUUUGUAAAAGUUUAUUUGCUACAUGAGAAUACAUGAAUUUGCUCGUUACCGAAGUUAGAUGUUGACACAUCACUGGCGAGUAAAAAAUAAAUUAAAUUGGACAUCUAAAUGGGCCUCAUAACCUGUAAAAUAAGAUAAUUGUACCCAUUACAGCUUUCUUAUCUAGGCUUUAAUUGUGCAGAAUGUGUUUCAAAACUUUAUGAUUCAAUAUUGUACCCUUUUCUUAGUUUCAUAAAUAAAAAUUUAAUAACCCUAUUAUUUUAUCGUUAGCUCUUUAGGAAAAUUAUAUAUGUUAUAGGUAUUGAAGCACAUAGUCCUAGGUGUUUGGGCAUGAAAUUACCCACAUAACUUUUACUACUUUUAUUGUUAGAAAACUGCCUGAUAAUAAAAAAAAUAUUGUGAAUGGUAUUGUCACUUUGUGAUGAGGCUUGUUUGCUGUAAUACUCUGGAAUAUAAUUCUGUAUAUUAUGUUAAACUUAAGUAUCUGUGUACUAAGGUGAAUGAUGCUCAUUUUGACCACUAACCAGUGCACUAUAUUCAAAAAAAUAUAGUAUACAAUUAUUUCAACAUACUUAGGUGUAGUGUAAAUAGUAAAUUUUCAUAUAGGUCUACAUUAUUUUUAGGCAGGCACUAGACUAAGAGCCCUAGCUAUUAUUUAGUAAAUUUUUAGCUUUUAUUAUCUGUAUGAUAAAAAAGUACUAUUACAGAAAUAGUUUAUUUCCACAAAAAUGUUAACAUAUUUAAUAUGUUUUGUUUACUGACAAAUUUGGAAAUUUUAAAAAUGAUGUAGUAUCUAGUUAGUAUCUAGUUAUAAUGUUUAAUAUCAGUAUUGUUAACAUUUUAGUUUUCUUGGUCUUUAUUAUGUGAUUUUUUGACAUUCCAAUCCAGAAAUGAUUGUAACACAGUUUGGUAAUUGUUCUGUAUCAUGUAUCCAAGUUUAUCCCUAGAUCUUGAUGGCAUGAUCCUGUAAAUAUUAAUUCUGUGGUACAUGAGGCUUGCUGUUUUAAUUUAGUGUGUCGAAAGAUCCCGCACAUAAAAACUUGUCAUAUAAAAAUAAAUAAUCCUAAGUUGAACACAAAAUAUAGUUUCCUUUUUAUUCAACUUAAGACAAUUAUCUUUGUCAUCUUUAGACAUACUAAAUCGAAACCGCAGGCAUCAUGUACUACAGGAUCAAAAUGUAGAGUAUCAUGCCAUCAGGUUCAAGGGAUAAACUUGGAUACUUAAUAUGGAACUGUUACCCAUAGUUUUAAUGUAUGUGUGUGUGUUUGGGUAUUUAAUUUAUGGUCUUGGUUGUAGUGCUUUUAUGCUUGUUUACAGGAAGUUCAGUGGAAAUCACUGUAAAAUUUUUAUUUUUUAUUUUAACAAAUUCAUCUAUCCCUCACUUAGCAUGAGUAAUGUGUUCCUAAAAUGUUUGUGUUAUUCAAAAUCAUUUAUUCUAAAGCAUUAGUCUCCAUAAAUAGCAAGGCUAAUUUACUUACUGUGUUCCAAAAUGUGUAGGGAAAUAUUCUUUACAUAAUGUUGUUGGGUAUAAUUCACACUCGGUGAUAAAUAUGUUACACCAUUUAUCUUUAUAACCCUACCAUAUAAUACUUUGUAUGACAAAUACGACACCGCGUAAUGGGAGAUAGGUGGUUAUUUACUUAUCAUCAGUCGGCUGGUUGGCAUGCUCGCCUGGGCGGGCGUGACCUUCAACUCACGCUGCAUACCUUUCCAAACCAUCCUUUACUGACAGUGAAACCGAUGUUACUGUCCAGGUAUUUCCAUUUUAAUUUUUCAAAAAUUAUAAUGCUUGAUCGCAUAGCACCGCUUGUUUCACACCAACCCUGUUGGGCUGUGAUAUUUUUUUUUUCAUUGCACCAUUCAUUUAACAACCUUUUCCAUGUGAAUCAUCUGUUCAUUUCUGUUUCAGUAUCUAAUGCCAAAUAUAUUCCCGCUAGUGCAACCAACAACAUCAGACUUUUGAUAGAGUCCUUAUUUUGUACGAUUGUGCAAUCAGUUGACUUGCUUAAAACUGAAGUGCGACCUACUUUAGUGUGGCUUUCAUGACAUUCUGCUCACUGUAAUACUUUUAGUUUUGUCUCAAAUACUUGAACAAAAUGCAUUAUGCUUUCACUUGGAAGCCAUGAUUCCAACUACAGGUGCUUGCGCAUGUACAGUUACUGGCAGAUGAAUUGGCAGAUGAAUUGCUUUGUGUUGUGCGAGUUCCCUACCACUGGCUAGACUGACGUUCAUCACGGCCCGGUCUGUGGCCGGGCGACAUCUUACGGCCUGGCGGCAUAUGUACGGAUGUAAAAACAUUUAGUCCUUUACACUUAAUACCCCUUGACUGAACUUGCUAUAUCUGAUGUUUGUACAACAGUUAAUAGCAGUUAGACCUGCACACACAUCUCUUUCUCCGUCGUAUAGCGAACUGUAUGCCACAGUACAUCUGUUUGAGUUGAAGCAGACCUCUUGGCGUCAUGCCCGACUUAUUUUAUGCCUUUAGCAAUUUCCUUCUAACUGAAAUUUACAGAUGUACUAUUCAAGACUGGGGCAGUAAAAUUAACAUCACGCUGAAUGAAUUCGCGCAAUUAGAAGACGUGCUAAGUGAGGGAUUGGUGUAAAAGUAAAUACAUUUAUUACUCUGUGCACUUGAAUCCAUUGAAAAGGUUUUUAAAAAUGUUUGCGUGAUCAUAAUGAAUACUUAAGAAAUCACUGUUGAUUCAAAACAUAAGAGAAGUUCUUUUGAAGUAGGUCUUAGAUAAUCAGAGAUAACAAUUGGAUUAAAAUAAAAAGCAGUGUCACUAGGGUAUUUAUUUACCUGAAUAUAAUGCUAUAGUUUUUUCAAAACUUAGGAAGCUAAAAGUGGUGGUUGUGUUAAAAUCGCAAACUUAUACAUAUCUUGCCAAUGGGAAAAUUUCAAUUUUUAGAACUACAUGCUGUCUUUUAACUGUUUCAGUUAUGUCACUUUAGACCACUGUUAAUUACUGCCUCCUGAACCUCAACUUAGUUGAAAAACUGCACGCUCUGCCUAUGAACUGCAUUACUUAUCUCACUUUAGUCCGGGGCUUACUGAACCUGUGCACAGGCGUGACAAAUAAGAGAUGCAGGAUGAAGAGGGUGCAAAUGGAUUUAUUUUUUCUAACUGUGGCUUGGGUGUUUGAAUAAAGACCAUGUAAAUCACCAGAAAGGGUCUAGUUAUUAUGGAAUAAAUUCAGUAAUUUAAUUAAUUUUCAAGUACUAUAUACUUGGAUUGCUAUUCCAUUCCACAGAGUGGUUUACAUAAACUCAUGAUCAAAAAGUUUGGGUUUACAUUAUAUUCAGUCACAUUAUUAUUGGGUAAAUACAGUAUUUAAAAUGCAGACACAAUUAGACGAAGACCUUUGUUUUAUUCCAGUUAUAUUUUAAGCUACAAUAUUUUUUGUACUAUCCGUAAAUGUUUGGGAUUUGCCCCAGAAGAAUAUCCCUGUACGACUUAGAAGCUUUCUAGUGUAGACUGACCUGUUUUUCAGAAGUUUCUUAUUGUAGGAUAAAAUAGUCUUAGUUUCUAAGUAAAUUUUGUAAAAUAUUUUAACAUAAAAGUACUACUUAAAAAUCUGUGUCCGCUAAAAAAUGGAUAGGUAUUUUUUAUUAAUUUUAAUGGUGCUAAUUAGGGUAUUAUUGUUCCAACUGUUUUAGUACAAUUUUCGUAACCUGAUAUUUUUAUAUUUCACACAACAGUACUGUUAAUUUAUAAAAGUGUAUUUAAUAAAUCUUUCGCUUUUGUAAAA